AUGGCUAUGUCAAAAUCUACAAAUACUUACAAUCGACAAAAUUGGGAAGAUUCCGACUUUCCUAUUUUAUGUCAGACAUGUCUUGGAGACAAUCCUUAUAUUCGUAUGACAAAAGAAAAAUAUGGAAAAGAAUGUAAAAUUUGUAUAAGACCAUUUACUGUCUUUCGAUGGUGUCCAGGUGCUAGAAUGCGUUUUAAAAAAACAGAAAUUUGUCAAACAUGCUCUAAACUUAAAAAUGUUUGUCAAACAUGUCUCCUAGAUCUAGAAUAUGGAUUACCUAUUCAAGUUCGAGAUGCUGCCUUAAAAAUUCAAGAUGAUCUUCCUCGGAAUGAAGUUAAUAAGGAGUAUUAUAUACAGAACCUAGAUAGCGAAAUGGCGAAGUUUGAUCCAACUCAACCAAGCAAUUCAUCUCUAAAAACUAAAGGGUCUUCAGACUUACUGUUACGCUUAGCAAGAACUGCUCCAUAUUAUAAAAGGAAUAGGCCACAUGUGUGUUCAUUUUGGGUAAAGGGUGAAUGUCGCAGAGGUGAAGAAUGUCCCUAUAGACAUGAAAAGCCAACUGAUCCUGAUGAUCCCUUAGCUGAUCAAAAUAUUAAGGACAGAUACUAUGGUGUAAAUGAUCCUGUGGCUGAGAAGCUUAUGCGGCGUGCAGCAGCUAUGCCUGCAUUGCCACCACCUGAAGACAGGACGGUGACAACUCUGUACAUAGGAAAUUUGCCUGAGAAUAUUACAGAAGAUGAAUUGAGAGGACAUUUCUAUCAAUAUGGUGAAAUAAGGCAGCUGACUUUAGUUCCAAGGGCACAAUGUGCCUUUGUGCAGUAUACAACAAGGAGUGCAGCUGAGCAUGCUGCAGAUAAGACAUUCAAUAGGUUGGUGAUAGGAGGCAAGAGACUCACUAUAAAAUGGGGCAAAUCACAAGGCCGUCAAGGAAAUAACGAUAAGAGUGAAAUGGCUCCCCCACUAGAACCUGUUCCUGGUUUACCUGGGACUCUACCUCCACCACCGGCUUAUUUACAUCCAUUCCCACCUCAGAUGCCGCCUCCAAACCGUCCCAAUGACUUCUUCAACCUGCACCACUAUGGUGGGCCUUGGGGUGGUUGGGGUGGACCUCCACUCCCCCCAGGUCCGCCUGGCAUGCCCCCUGGGCCCCCAGGUAUGCCACCUGGAAUGCCGCCUGGUCCACCUGGGAUGCCGCCGGGACCACCUGGAAUGCCACCAGGUCCGCCUGGCCCACCUCCAGGUCCACCCCUGGCUUUGCAUUAUCCCAGUCAAGAUCCAGCGCGUUUAGGUGCCCAUGCGCACGCAUCUGCCCCACAAACUUAA